CGGAGCCGAGCACCAGGAGCGGACAGGAAGCCACGGCGCCCGGCCCGGGGGCGAUCGGCCCGCAGCGCCCCCGGGUCUGUCCCCGGGGCGCCAUGGCCCCACUGAGGCCGGGCGCACCCGCGGGGCUCCGGGCGCGUCGGCUGGCGCGCAGCUGAGUGGGGUGCAGGCUAUAAAGGCCAGCGCCACCCCCCGGGGAGCAGGUUGAGGGGCCGGCGACAUGGAGCCCCCGACCGCCACCUCGGAGAGGAGCCUGUCUCUAUCUCUGCCCGGGCCUCGGGAGGGCCAGGCCACCCUCAAGCCGCCCCCCCAGCACCUGUGGCGGCAGCCGCGGACCCCGAUCCGUAUCCAACAGCGCGGCUACUCCGACAGCGCGGAGCGCUCGGAGCCCGAGCGGCAGCCACACCGGCCCAUAGAGCGCGCCGACGCCGUGGACACCAGCGACCGGCCCGGCCUGCGCACGACCCGCAUGUCCUGGCCUUCGUCCUUCCAUGGCACCGGCACAAGCAGCGGCAGCGCGGGCGGAGGCAGCGGCAGGCGCUUCGAGGCGGAAAAUGGGCCGACACCGUCCCCCGGCCGCAGCCCCCUGGACUCGCAGGCGAGCCCGGGCCUCGUGCUGCACGCCGGGGCAGCCACCAGCCAGCGCCGGGAGUCCUUCCUCUAUCGCUCUGACAGUGACUAUGACAUGUCGCCCAAGACCAUGUCCCGCAACUCAUCGGUCACCAGCGAGGCGCACGCAGAGGACCUCAUUGUAACGCCCUUUGCCCAGGUGCUGGCCAGUCUCCGCAGCGUCCGAAGCAACUUCUCGCUCCUGACCAAUGUGCCCAUUCCCAGCCACAAGCGGUCGCCGCUGGGAGGCCCCACCCUCGUCUGCAAGGCCACACUGUCAGAGGAGACAUGUCAGCAGCUGGCCCGGGAGACCUUGGAGGAGCUGGACUGGUGCCUGGAGCAGUUGGAGACCAUGCAGACCUACCGCUCGGUCAGCGAGAUGGCCUCGCAUAAGUUCAAGAGGAUGCUGAACCGCGAGCUCACACACCUGUCAGAAAUGAGCAGGUCGGGAAACCAGGUCUCAGAGUACAUUUCCACGACGUUCCUUGACAAACAGAAUGAAGUGGAGAUCCCCUCUCCGACGACGAAAGACCGAGAGCCCCAGGAACCACCGAGACAGAGGCCCUCCCAGCAGCUCCCGCCGCCGGUGCCACACCUGCAGCCCAUGUCACAGAUCACGGGGGUGAAGAGGCUGUCACACAGCUGUCUGAACAACGCCAGUAUCCCCCGCUUCGGGGUGAAGACGGAUCAGGAGGAGCUCCUGGCCCAAGAACUGGAGAACUUAAGCAAGUGGGGCCUGAACAUCUUCUGCGUGUCGGACUACGCCGGGGGCCGCUCGCUGAGCUGUAUCAUGUACACGAUAUUCCAGGAGCGGGACUUGCUGAAGAAGUUUCGCAUCCCCGUGGACACGCUGGUGACAUACAUGCUGACGCUGGAGGACCACUACCACGCCGACGUGGCCUACCACAACAGCCUGCACGCGGCCGACGUGCUGCAGUCCACCCACGUGCUGCUGGCCACGCCUGCCCUGGACGCGGUGUUCACGGACCUGGAGAUUCUCGCAGCCCUCUUCGCAGCCGCCAUCCACGAUGUGGACCACCCUGGGGUCUCGAACCAGUUCCUCAUCAAUACAAACUCGGAGCUGGCGCUCAUGUACAACGACGAGUCGGUGCUCGAGAACCACCACCUGGCCGUGGGCUUCAAGCUGCUGCAGGAAGAGAACUGCGACAUCUUCCAGAACCUCAGCAAGCGCCAGCGGCAGAGCCUGCGCAAGAUGGUCAUCGACAUGGUGCUGGCCACUGACAUGUCCAAGCACAUGACCCUCCUAGCUGACCUGAAGACCAUGGUGGAAACCAAGAAGGUGACGAGCUCGGGAGUUCUCCUGCUGGACAACUACUCCGACCGCAUCCAGGUUCUUCGGACCAUGGUGCACUGCGCAGACCUCAGCAACCCCACUAAGCCGCUGGAGCUGUACCGCCAGUGGACGGACCGCAUCAUGGCAGAGUUCUUCCAGCAGGGCGACCGCGAACGAGAGCGGGGCAUGGAGAUCAGUCCCAUGUGCGACAAGCACACGGCCUCUGUGGAGAAGUCGCAGGUUGGCUUCAUCGACUACAUCGUGCACCCGCUGUGGGAGACGUGGGCGGACCUGGUGCACCCCGACGCGCAGGACAUCCUGGACACGCUGGAAGACAACCGGGACUGGUACUACAGCGCCAUCCGGCAGAGCCCGUCCCCGCCGCCCGAGGAGGAGCCCGGCGGGCCCGGCCGCCCCGCCCCGCCCGAGAAGUUUCAGUUUGAGCUGACACUGGAGGAGGAAGAGGAGGAGGAAGCAUCCCUAGCCCAGGAUUUAUUGGAAGCUCGGGAAUCAUCCUGGGCGGAGGAGCCGGUCAGGGUCAAGGGCCAAGAGGCCGAGACAGGGCAUUUGCCACGGGCUUUGGGCUUGGUGUGCGGUGCCCCGGCGGCGCAGGAGGAAUCCAUGGAUGCUGGAAGCUGCGACGCGGCCCCUGAAAGCCCCAUUCUGCCCGCCUUGAGGACCCAGUCCACGCCAGAGGGGUCCCCGGGCCCCCCGGGCCUCCCCUCCACGGCGGCCGAGGUGGGGGCCCAAAGAGACCCUCAGGCUGCCAAGAGGGCUUGUUGCGCCUGCGCAGGGACUUCAGGGGAGGACCCCGCCGUCCUCCCGGUUCCGGGCGGGCGGGAGUCGAGCGGGGACCCUCCCUGAGCCGCAGCCACAGCCCAGGUACCCCGAUGCCCGUGUCCCCCACCCCCUACCGACCACCUCCUCUGCUGCCUCAAAGACUCUUGGCCCUCUUGAGAAAAAAGAAAACAGAAAAGUGGGGUUUUUUCUCUUUUCUUUUUUUCCCCUCCCCCCCCGCCCCCACCCACGGGGCCUUUUUUUGGAGGUGGGGGUUGGGGAGCGAGGGGUCGAGGUCCCAGAACGGAUUUUAUUUUUUAAAUUUUAAUUGUAACAUUUUUAGAAAAAGAACAAAAAUAAGAAAAAAAAAAAAAGGAUGAAACACAGCAACUGUAGAUGCCCCCCACACCUCAACUCCUGGUUCCCCAUUUUACACCCCCAAACCCCUCUCCCCCCCCAGUCCUCCCCUCCCCCGAGUUCCAGCCUUCGUCUUCCGGCCGCUGGGCUUCCUCAUUUGGACCCAAACGCAGGUGGGGGGCCUCACCGCGGGCUUUCCUGCUGAGGUUUGGGGAGCUCCGGCCCCCAGCCGGAAUAGCCAUCGUGGGCAGGGCCGGCGGGCCAGGGGGUCGCUGCGGAAGCCGCCCCUCCCCUCCCACCAAGUCUUCCGCCUCAUUUUUGCACAUACUAGGGGGUCGGUGGAGCUGCUCGCUUGAGGAUGCAGGGAGCAGUGGUCGCCAGGCCGCCAGCCAGAAUCAGCCCUGAGACUGCAGAGGGGUCUGAUCCCCUGGGCCCGCCACCUCCCUCCCCGGUACCCUCUGGGUCACUUUGAAUUUCUCGAUUUGCGUUGGAGGGGGGGCUCCAGUCGCGCAUGCGCGCGCGCACCCCCCCCUCCUGCUGCUUCUCCUCUUGUUUCUGCCUUAAUGACCCCGCGGCCGGAGGAGACGGGGCGCAGUGGCUCGCACCUGCGCCUUGGGUACGGCGGAGCCAGGCCCAGAGUCCCCGUCCCUGGCACCCACCGCGUCCUCCUGACCCCCUUGCCCGACCCGCACCUCGCCCCCCACCCCUUCGCCCUAGGAGGAAGCAAUAACGGUGUACACGCACACCCCCCGCCGGGGCAUCCCCCCUCCCCCUGUGCCCGGUCCCCAGCUAGUCCCUGAGCAAUACGACCGACAGACAGGCAGACAGACAAGGCCGUCUCCAAGCCAUGCGGGACCGUUGCAAAGGAACGAACCCCCUCUCCCUGUCCCUGUGCCCCUCAACCCGGCUCUGCAGCCGGGCCAGGCAGAGACCUGUCAUCCGUUUCCUUCCCCCCAGUUCUGAGCACACGGUACUGUAGCCCCCACUUCGCCUGCCAUCUGUCUGUCCCCGACGGCCCUCACCCCAUACCGCUGUACAGGGUUCAUUUUUGUAGAGAAGGUAGUUUCUUUCUGUCCCAGCUGAUGGCCCACAUGGGCCCUGUUCUUUUCUUUUCUUUUCUUUUUUUUCUUUUUUGUACAUAUUGUAAGGUUGGUUUGUAAAUUAUUCUCCAAAGGCAAAAAGGGAACAUCGAUUCGCCCUUCCUCUGCUGACCCGGUCGGGAAGGAGGGCCGAGGUCCCCGGGUGGGGAAGCCCGAGCCCUGCUGUGUUAUACGAACUGUACCAUAGUCCCGGGAAGGGCGGACUCGCCGCGGGUAGGGGGCAUCGGACGUCCCAGGGGCAAGGGCCGAGCAGAGCCGGCCCCCGUGCUUCCCCAGAGGCGGGGAGCACAGGCCAGGCGGUCCCAGCCCCGAUCAGCCCCCCACACCGGCGAACUGCUCCUGUGUUCCCCCUUUCACUAGAUCGGUCGUCCCUCGAUCGAUAAUCAAUUCUUUAAUCUUGUCACCAAUUAAACCAAGGCUUUCACCGAC